UUCACCUGCACGUGCAACCAACAGAUUUGGUUUCAUCUUUGAAAUGUAGGCCUACACAGGGAAAUUACCACAAGUUUUCCCUGGUUCUCUUUAUAAAAACAAAAUCUGUGUAUUACCUCUCCUGUAGGUGUGGGUGUGGGGCAGUGAUCGUUUGGCGUGAGACUCGUCUUGACACAGGAGAUGUGGGUAGUCGUCUAGGGCAGCAGCAUUCUCGGGGGUGCCCCAAUGAGCCGAGCCACAUCCGUGCAUUAAUGUUGACGGGAACUGGGCACCAUAUGAGCCAGAACUGCCACUCUUUUAAUGCCCGUGAUGCUGCAGAGAGAGUUGAGCGUGAGAGGAGUCCAUUGGAAAACUGGGUGAAAUACUGGAAAGUAACCCGUGUUCAGCCGUUCUCUUUUGAUGUGCGUGAUGCUGCGCGGAGAGUUGAACGCGAGAGGAGACUGCGACAGAUGCGUGAGAUGCAAGAGCAACAAUGGGAUUUCUCUCAUCUUGGUUGCAUGCUACUACAUGAGCCAUGGGCCACAAUGAGCUUACAAAGCAUCAACGGGAUCUCAUUGUUGAAAGGUAUCGCUCAGGUGAGGGCUACAAAAAUGUUUACCAAGGCAUAA